AUGGAAAACAUUGUCUUUGAACAUUUUCCUUUCGAAGGCGUGCUGCCUUCUCCCACAAAACCGCGUAUGCCGUAUGCGCAGCCUUUUCCCUUUACCAUUCUUCCACCAAACAUUAACAUUAGCAUCCACAACCUUAAACCUUAAUCACCCAAUUGCAGCAGAUUUCAGAUGUCUUCUUGCAAAAUUGUUCUUCUUACCAUUUAGAUAGUUUGCCUUUUGAUCUUUUGUUCUUCACUUUUGUUCUGAUUUUUCUGAGAAUAUUGGAUCCUUCAUUCCCUUCAAAUGGCUCAAUCAUUUGGUCAAACUGAGAUCAACUGGGACAAGCUAGAUAAAACUAAGUUCUAUGUCAUAGGAGCUGGCCUCUUUACCGGUGUUACGGUAGCACUCUACCCGGUUUCUGUUGUCAAAACAAGGCUGCAGGUUGCUACAAGGAAUACUGUAGAGAGAAGUGCUUUCUCUGUUGCAAAAGGAUUGAUCAAAACCAAUGGAAUCCCUGGUUUGUAUAGAGGGUUUGGCACAGUUAUCACUGGUGCAAUCCCUGCCAGGAUCAUAUUCCUAACUGCUCUGGAAACCACAAAGUCAGCUUCCUUCAGAAUGCUCGAACCAUUGAAGCUAUCUGAAACUACCCAGGCUGCCAUAGCAAAUGGAAUUGCAGGCAUGACAUCGUCACUUGUAGCCCAAUCUGUAUUUGUUCCCAUGGACGUGGUUUGCCAAAAGUUGAUGGUGCAAGGAUACGCAGGCCAUUCCCAGUAUAGCGGGGGUUUGGAUGUUGUUCGUAAGGUUUUAAAGACCGAUGGUAUCCGAGGAUUAUAUCGAGGAUUUGGUCUAUCUGCUAUUACUUAUUCUCCUUCAAGUGCUGUAUGGUGGGCAAGUUAUGGUACAAGCCAACGCCUAAUGUGGAAAUUCUUGGGCCAUGAUAGCCCAUCCGACCAAAACCCGCCUAGCGUGCAAAAGAUUAUGUUAGUUCAGGGUACUGGAGGGAUGAUUGCUGGUGCCACUGCAUCCUGCAUUACAACCCCGUUGGAUACUAUCAAGACACGAUUACAGGUGAUGGGACAUGAACAUAGAAGCUCGAUAAAACAAGUCGCGAAAGAUUUAAUCAACGAAGAUGGUUGGAAAGGCUUUUAUAGAGGGUUUGGUCCAAGAUUAUUUAGCAUGUCGAUGUGGGGUACUUCGAUGAUAUUGACAUACGAGUACCUAAAGCGCGUGUGUACUAAAGAUGAAUAAAGGCAUUUUAGUCUGCAAGCUUUGUCUUCUGUUUUGUAACUAGCCAUGAAUAAUUGACAAGCACAGAUUGAAUUAUAAACCUACACCUUCAGCACUGGAGUUGCUGUUCUACAUUUAUCAUCAGCAGCUUUGGAAGAUUAACCUUUUUUUGCAUUGAAGCUAUAUAUACUAACAGUGACAGAGUGAAAAAAUUACUGCUGGAUUUGUUGCAGCUAGAGAUGUAAUAAGUUCAUUCUUUUUUAUGACUAAAUUGUAUUCAUGUAUUCAUUUUUGGCUGUGCCUUGUAUAAUGUAAAUUUAUUAUAUGGAAGGAAAUCAGAAAUAGAUUGUAAUGAAAUAUGAAGAAUCAAUUAGAAACUCUUAAAUCUGUGUAUGCAACUAUGGAUGUGUUGCAUACAUUAGAAACAGUUUUAUGCACAACCAUGCAUAUAUUAUUA